AUGUUCCGCACUACAACACCUAUUAUCCUCCAAACACCUGCUACCUGUGAACUUUGUGGACAAUGGAUGCCUGCGCAUAGUAGCAGUUGCCCUCGAAGUGGAAAACACCCCUCUCAGUGGACAUUGGAUAACGAUGCAACAUCAGUAGCAACAUUUGACACUUUCAUGUUACAUGAAAUUGAAAAUGAUACGCAUGAAUUUAUUUACAAUAACAACUUUGAAAACCAGUCUCAGUUAUGGUCACAGGAAACAGACGACGUGAUCCCAUCUCCAUCGUUAUCCACCAUCUCAGUAUCUCUUCCUUUUUAA